UGUAUCUAAAAGUAAUUCAAAUUCUUCCUACCUACUUUGUUUUUCCUUAUAUAAAUAAAAAGGAUUGUGCAAAUUUUUUACACUCCUAAAAUACCUUACAAUGUAAAGAAAAUUAAAAAUUAAAAAAAGUUUUUGAGGGUGAGUCCCCUGAUUAAAGGGCAUCAACACUAUAUAGAAUUACUUUCUUUAUUUAAGGGCCAAAUAAAAGAUGAUAGCUGAAGAAAAUGCUGAAGGAAAAUGGAGUGAGAAGAAAAUGGAAAAUGAAGAUGGUUUGAGGACAGUGGAGUGUCUAAGAGGAAGAUUAAUUGCAGAAAGAGCAGCUUCAAGAAAAGCAAAAGAGGAUGCAGAGCUUAUGGGAAACAAGCUGAUUGAACUGGAGACAAAGUUGAAAGAAGAAUCCAAAUCAAGAAACAAAGCUGAGAAAAAGCUAAAAUAUUUUAUGAAGAAGCUUGAAUCCAUGAACAUUUGUCAUGUUUCAGAUGAAUCAGAGUACUCAAGCUUGUUUGAUAAAAGUGAAAUUUCAUCUGUUACAUCCACAACUCCAACUAGCAGCAGCAAUUCUCAAGAGUUUGUGAAAAAUGCUAUGCAAAUGACUAUUUUUAGCAAAGAUGAUGACAACAAUUCUAAGGGGCUUGAAUUCUCAAAUUCAGAUGCCAAUAGCUCAAAAUCUUCAGUCCAAGAGGAAGGGAAAAAUGAAGAAGAUGAAAAGGAUCUUAAAGAAGACAAUGUCAAUAACUCUUUGGCAUUAGUUCCUAUAGAUUUGCCAAAACCAAAACAAACAAUUGAUCCAAUUGUUCUUGAUGCUACUGUGAGAGAAGUUCUUAAUGCACUGAGGCAUGCUAAAGAGAAACUUCAAACACAAAUGGAGAGAGGACGCGGUACGAUUAAAGUUGGCUAACUUAGAUAUAUAACAAAUCUUAUUCGUCUUGAUUUAGAGUACCACGAGGCUAAUCAGUAUUUAUAAUUAGUGAUUUCAAACUGAUCGUGAUCUUAUUAUAUGUAUAUAUUCUAAACUUUUUUUUUUGCAUUAUGUAUAAGUUGUUCAAUGGAUUUUUCUUUUUUAGCAGACUUCUCUUGCCCAGUAAUAAAGAUAAUGAAGCAUUGAGAUGAA